AUGACUGUCAGUGGAAUCAUCCAAUUUAUCUCCCUUACUUUCGGAAUUGUCCUCUCUUUCUUCCCGGAUGAGUAUGACCGUGCCGCGAGCUCAUGGAGGAAAGGUGAUGAAGACCUCGCUGACGACACCUCGCACUGGCCAACUGAUCGGACGCGCGAGAUUAUUCCUGUGAACUGCCACUCGCACAAUGACUACUGGCGCCGGGUUCCACUCUUCUCCGCGUUGCAGGCGGGGUGUAUCGGUGUCGAGGCAGAUGUCUGGCUGUUCGAUGAGGAGCUGUACGUCGGUCAUACUACCUCGUCCUUAACUUCGCGCCGGACGCUCCGGUCGUUAUAUGUCGAUCCAUUGGUGAAGGUGCUCAACCGACAGAACCCCGUUACACCCUUCCACCGCACUGUCGAUAACCCACCGCAUGGUGUAUUUGAUACGGACCCAGAACAGCCUGUGGUUCUGCUGAUCGAUUUCAAGACGGACGGCGCUGCGACUUGGCCUGCUGUUGUCAAGCACCUUGCGCCGCUGCGGGAUCGGGGCUACCUAACCUACUUCAAUGGACGCGAGAUCAUCCCGGGGCCUGUCACGGUCGUCGGAACAGGCAACACGCCCUUCGAUCUGGUUACAGCGAACUCCACUUACCGGGAUAUCUUCUUCGACGCUCCACUAGAAAAACUUGUCGAUGACGAGAAAGCGGACCAGGCGUUGUCUGUCCCGAGCGACGAGCGGCUUAACGACCUUGGGCAAGGUCACUCGGGGAUGCCAAAUAUCAUCACGCCCACUACCUUCAAUGUGACGAACAGCUUCUACGCCUCUGUCUCAUUCCGGAAGGCCGUUGGGUACCCGUGGCCGUUUCAUUUCACACAGCAUCAGAUGAAUAUCAUUCGGAACCAGGUCCGAGUUGCCCACCGUCACGGCCUGAAGGUGCGCUACUGGGCGUUGCCGAGUUGGCCCGUCAGUCUGCGUAAUCAUAUUUGGCGGAUUCUUGCUCUGGAGGGCGUUGACUUUAUAAACGCUGAUGAUCUGGCUGCUGCCACCAAGGGCGACUGGAAAAUUCGUAUUUUCGAUUGGUGGUUCUAG